CAGCAUCCAAGCACUAGCGCGAAGAUAUCAAGCUAUAAGCGUCUCCAUACGUACAUACGGUCAGGAAAACAACUACCCACCUGACUUUUUCGGAGAUAUUUCCCCUACACCUCGGGUGGGUCGAUCGGCCCGGUGAAGCCAGACUCGGUAACGUCGGACACAUCCCAUCGCGAUGGACUCCGAGGGAGACCACGUAGCAAAGCGUCGGGCGCCGAUGAGCUGCGACCGCUGCAAGAGUCGUAAGACGAAGUGUGUUAAUCCAAUUCCUGGACCUUGCCAAUUCUGUUCUAGCAUCGGGGCAGCUUGUCAAGUAGAUCCCUCCAGAAGACGGCAGCGUCCAUACUAUCAUGUUUCGGAAGAGGAGUUCAGACUCAUGUCCCGGGCACUGGGACUCCUUCUACCGGGAACACCAAUCAACCUGGAAAGUCUCCGAGAGCUUGUCCAUUCGCUAGAAAGACGACUGCCAACACCGACGGGAAAUAUUUUGGAACAGUUGCGAAAAUCUCGAGCAAAUACUGGAGCUUCCAACCUUGGAAACGCUAUUCGCAGUGGCGUGGAUCAAGGUGCUGACAAAGUGCUCAAUCCUGGCAGCGCAAUUACCAUCGACGAAAUAGACCAUCUCCAGAAAGAGCUGGGCUGGCUUACCAUUGACUCCAAAGGCACACCCCGACAUGUCGGGCUGGAGGGGGGCUACGGCUUCAACGCAGCAGUCAGGUCCAUCAAUCCAAGGCAACGUGCCAACCCAACAUCGUCGAGCAAGGUUCAAAAUGACCUAGUAACACCGCUCACGGCAGCCCCUCCAUGUCCCCCAGAGGCCCCUGCCUCUGCCUUUUCUGUGACGGGCUCGUUUUUGACGCCCCCGAAGCAGAUCUUUCUACCGAUGAGAGAGCUGUGUCUUCAAUGCGUCGAUCGUUUCUUCCGCGAGAUACACCCCAUCUACUGGCUUUUCCGUGCCGAAACCUUCUACGCGGCCCUUGAUCGCAUCUAUGCGCGGGACUCAAAUUACGCAUCCCCUUCCAUGCUCUGCUCGAUUUACGCCAUACUUGCGCUAACAACCCGCGACAGCGAGGCUGCAGGGGAGGCGACAUCAUCCAAAUAUUUGGCGCUUGCGAAAUCGCUCGUCCCGGCGCUUUUUGAUGAGGCCAAUGUGGAUGCCAUACGUGCCCUGUGCAUUCUGAGUAUCGCACUGCAGAGCUCGAUCAACUCCAACACCGCCUAUGCCUAUAUCGGUGCUGCUUCAAGGAUCGCUCUCAGUCUAGGUCUGAAUCUCUCAAAGAGCAUGAGUUUACGGAGCAACGUCCAAGGCCAGUCCGAUCUUCGCAUAUUCUGCAGCCUAUACAUACUUGACCUGGAAGUGGCUCUGUGCUACGGAAAUCCUCCAUCGUUGCUCGAAGAAGAUGGCGCAGAGUCUGUUCAGUUUUUGCUGGAACAAGUAUUGGAGCCUGGGAGUAACAUGCCCCCAGACUAUUUGGCGGUCUCAUGUCAGCUGUCUAGGCUGAAGCGAGGUGUGAACAAGCUGUUAUAUUUGAGGCCAAGCGGGAUGGCUGGCACUAUGGCGAGUCAAGAGAGAAGCGGCUAUUCGGCAGUAUCGAUAUUAUCAGUGACAGACGCUGUUGCAUCCAUUCAACGGUGGUUCAACAACCUACCCCUCCACCUCAAGAACAUCACACAUGCCUCUCCUUAUCACCAGCGCAGUAUCGCCACUCUGCACCUGCGCUACUGGAGCACUUUGAUUUUUGUCACCCGUCCGUUUUUCCUACAUAUUGUUAUGCAUCCAGACCGACGACAAAAAACAGCACCGAGUACCACAGAAAAACCCUUAAACGAGGCAGGCACAUCAUCUGCAGAAGGAGGAUCAGCUAGUGGCCUACGGAGCACAGCUCAACGGAUACGCACAGCCAGCGACGCCAAACGCCAGUAUUUCAAAGAUUUCUCUGCGCUUUGCCUCGAGGCUGCCUCUCAGAGCCUCAGAGUCCUUUGUUAUAUGCGUGACACGGAGCUGCUUAGUAGCCUCGUGACCCUUGAUACGUCGUGCUUGUUGGAGGACCUGCAGGUGUUUCUGCUUGCUUUGUCAAACGGUCAAGACACAGCCGGCAAAGAGAGGCAGGAGAAGCGAACCAUGGCCAUCAACGCAAUUUCUGAGCUGCUGCAUACACUUCAGGGUAUGGAUCGGAUAUUCUGGACGCGGCACGUUUUGGUUGAAGUCAUGGCGCAACUGGAAGAACAUGGCCUGAUAAAUGGCGACAGCGCGUUCAAUCCAGGGCAUGAUAGUCCGGGACUGUAUACCUUUGGCAUUGCUUCUCAUCAUGAUAUCGUCUCAGGAAUGAUGGAGUCUUAUGGUCAGGAUGGCGACGACCCUUUGUUCCAUCUGCCCGAUUUCUGAGACUCCAAGGAGCACAGUAGCUACCAAGAAGGAAUGUUUAAUUCUCAAUGAGGUCCAAGCACAUAGCCUCCAGCUCGUUUCAGAAUCUAGAACUAGUCAAGCUUUAGCCCAGGCUUCGCAUCUGAAGGCCCAGACCCAUACACAGGCGCUCGCAUAUCUUCCUCUUUGACCGUCUCCCCAGUUACGGGGUGACCAUAGUGGAACGGUACGACUCUGGUAUCCGGCCACAUCAUCCUCUGGUCUUCUUGCAGCACCUCAUCUGGCCCAGCUUCGUCCUCGGGGUAGGUCACGUUCUGGAACGGCACGAACCCGGCGACUUUGUAGGCCCAGCCGUGCUCAAAGUCGGCGUGCCAAAAGGGAAAGUACCGCAGCCUCCAGAUGCGCCAACCGCCGCCCUCGAGGUCCUUGAUGUACUCGUUCUCGUAUAGGCCGCCCUCCCACCACUGUGUGGCGCCCCGCGGGUGCGCUGCCGCCUGCGACACGUGAAC